UAUGCCUCUAUGAAGUUUGAUCUUGUUCUAGUUGUAGAAUAACCGCUGAGCUGUUUUGAGAUAGAUCUUUUUGACUAGGUGUCGUUAGUGUGAAAUAACUUUGGUUUUCAAUCUCUUAAAGUCAACAGUCAACACAAGAGCCCUAUUGUUUAGGCUGAGAGCCAGGCUGCAAAAUGGACAGAUAUGAUUUAAGUGGCAGACGUGCAGCCUUGAUCCUGUGCGGUGGGGGAAGACCGGGCUCUGAGUAUGACGUUGAAAGAAUAAAGGAUCUCUGCAAACAGAAUAAGUUUCCUGAAUUUAGUUAUAGUGUUAAAUGCAAAACCAAAGAGGACGUAACUGAUGCACUGAAGUCAUUUCGAAACAAGCUGAGUGAUGACGUCAGUUUCCUCGCAAUGUUUAUCAUGGCCCAUGGUGGACUUGGACACAUUGAAGUCAAUGACGAAGAGAUUCUAGAUCUAGAAGAGAUCUACAAGAUGUUUAACAACAGCCAGUGUCCAGCCCUCCGUGAGAAACCCAAGCUCUUCGUUGUGCAGGCCUGCAGGGGAGUGAAGGGACGUCCUAAAGACCUUUACACAGACGGAGGUAGAUCUUCAGGUGCCGUCUCAAAAAAGUUGCUUCCCACGGAGUCUGACUCCAUGGAGGUGUAUGCAGUACCUCCAGGAAAACUUGCCAUCAGACACCCGGACAGAGGAUGCCCAUUGUUUGAAGAGAUGCAUAACGUGUUUAGGAAGGAUUCAGUAGCUUCCCGUGACGUGUGUGAACUCUUCACAGAGGUGAACCAACGGCUGGGUCAGAGGAAGGACCGUAGAAAGGAUGGAUACGAACAUGAUUUCCAGCCAACAUCCAGAGUCAUCAAGACGACCCUACAGCCAGUAGAUACAGAUGAUUCAUCUGAUGACAUAGGGCGUUCUCUUCAUAUUGUGACCAAUCUGACCAAAAAGUUGUAUCUCUGAUAGGGAGAUGGGAGGAGGUACAGUAAGAGGAGGGGGGUGAGGGUUAUAAGCACACUUUGAGUAUAGUAUAUUUGGGUUCAAAGGGACAUUCACUUUUAAAUCGCAAGAUUGAUUUCAGUUUAUGUUGAUUUCUAGCCACUGAUCAGGACAUAGUACUAGUUUUAGCCACUGAUCAGGACAUAGUACUAGUUUUAGCCACUAAGAGUGAAAAUAUUGACAAUAAUCAACCUGGGUUUUCCAAAAGCAUCUUAAGUCCAUGUUCAUCUAACUGUGUUCAUCUUAAGUCCAUGUUCAUCUAACUGUGUUCAUCUUAAGUCCAUGUUCAUCUAACUGUGUUCAUCUUAAGUCCAUGUUCAUCUAACUGUGUUCAUCUUAAGUCCAUGUUCAUCUAACUGUGUUCAUCUUAAGUCCAUGUUCAUCUAACUGUGUUCAUCUUAAGUCCAUGUUCAUCUAACUGUGUUCAUCUUAAGUCCAUGUUCAUCUAACUGUGUUCAUCUUAAGUCCAUGUUCAUCUAACUGUGUUCACGUUGGCAGUUUGAAGUGACUAAAAUCCUAUUUUUCUGUUCUUUUUCUUGCUGUCUGAACAGCCAAAAAAGUACAUGACAUCAGAUAUUUCAACCACAUACUAAUUCAUGGCCAUGAUUGAAUAACAUGUAUGUGUAAAUGUAUUAAUUCUCCUAACCUGCUACGUUAAUUCUCCUAACCUGCUAUGUUAAUUCUCAUAACCUGGUUCGUUAAUUCUCAUAACCUGCUACGUUAAUUCUUCCAACCUGCUACGUUAAUUCUUCCAACCUGCUACGUUAAUUCUUCCAACCUGCUACGUUAAUUCUUCCAACCUGCUACGUUAAUUCUUCCAACCUGCUACGUAAAUUCUUCCAACCUGCUACGUUAAUUCUUCCAACCUGCUACGUUAAUUCUUCCAACCUGCUACGUUAAUUCUUCCAACCUGCUACGUUAAUUCUUCCAACCUGCUACGAUAAUUCUUCCAACCUGCUACGAUAAUUCUUCCAACCUGCUACGUUAAUUCUUCCAACCUGCUACGUUAAUUCUUCCAACCUGCUACGUUAAUUCUUCCAACCUGCUACGUUAAUUCUUCCAACCUGCUACGUAAAUUCUUCCAACCUGCUACGUUAAUUCUUCCAACCUGCUACGUUAAUUCUUCCAACCUGCUACGUUAAUUCUUCCAACCUGCUACGUUAAUUCUCCUAACCUGCUAUGUAAACAAUAAACCGACUCGCGGUGCACCUGGCUACGGCCGGUCUAACCGUUGAUCCACCCAA